AAUAUAUUUGCGGUAGUCUGGCAACAUUAGAGUGCUAAAGUGUCGAAAAGUCACAAAGUUUUAAGAUAUUUAAGAAUAUUUGCGAAAUAAACUAAGAAUAGUGAGUCAUAUUGACUGAAAACUGCACACAAUGGUGUAUAUACACUUUCCAAAUAAUCUAACUGAAGAGGAACAUAUGCUGCAAGCGAAAUAUCAAAAACUGAAGAAAAAGAAAAAAGCUUUACAAGCCCACAAGGCGCCCAAACAAGAGCCGGAGAGCGCUCUGACCUUAAAGCGACCCACAGAUGCGCGUGAUGCACGGGAAGUGGCUCGCAAGCUAAUCAAAAGCGGCGCCAUUCCAGCCAUACAAAAGCAACAGACCAAGCAGGACCAGACCUCAUUUAAGCGUCCCAAAGGCCAGGAGCGAGCCAAGCGCUCCACUUCAGAAACAAGCGUUGCUGCGUACCAGCCAUUCUCGUCCACACAGAACGAUGUGGCACAGGAAACCAUUAUCAGUGAAAUCAUAAAAGAGGAGCCACGCCGCCAGAAUUUGUACCAGCACUUUGCAACGGAACGUGAUCGCGAAGAGCGUGGGCUGACAGAGAAGGUGACGCUAGAUACGACACAGCCGGAGAAGCCGCGCGCUGGCAACACGAUUUUCGUGUCGGGCAACAAGGUUACCGAGGAAUUCCUCAAGAAAACGUUUAAUGAUUACGGUACCAUAGUCAACGUUUCGAUGGAGAUCGAAAAGAGCCGAGGCUUUGUUUCGUUCGCCAAGCCGGAAUCAGCUGAUCGAGCUAUAGCCGAAAUGCACGGCAAGAGCGUCACUGGCAUUGUCCUGCAAGUGCAGCUGGCACGUCGCCAGCCGCAAAUUGAACCAAUUAACGAUGCGUCAUCCUCAGCGGUUUGGUCGUCUAUUGCGGCCAGCAAAUCGCAGAAGGGCAGUCACAAAGACCUGCGCCAAAUGGUUCAAUAUAAUGAUGAUUUCCUAAUGUAAACCCAUUUAGAUUAGUCGCAUGCGU